CCUCCCGGCACCGCCCCCCCGCAGUCGGGGCGCGGCCGCCGCCCCGCACGGACGGGCUCGCUCCGCGCUCCGCCAUGGCCGAUUCCGCCGCGCAGUCCUCGCUCGUCUCCUCCAGCUCCUCUUCCACCUCCGUGACCUCGUCCUCCUCCUCCUCCUCAUCCUCCACGCGGGCCCUGGUCGGCGGUUCCAUGUCGUGCGCCGCGGUGCAGGACCUGCUGUUCUGGCGGGACGUGAAGAAGAGCGCGGUGGCCUUCGGCGCCAGCCUGGUGCUGCUGCUGUCCCUGGCCACGCUCAGCGCUGUCACCGUGGUGGCACACGUGGCGCUGGCCCUGCUCUCCGUCACCAUCAGCCUCCGUGUCUACAAGGCCGUGGUGCAGGCCCUGCAGAAAUCCGAGGAGGGGCACCCCUUCAAGUGAGCGGGGGGUUUUGGGG